CGGAAAAUAACCAGUACUUGAAAACAGGAACAACUUUUGACUGUCUUCUGUCAUGAAUCUCAUUCAGUCUUGACAAAUCUAUAUUAUUACAUCGGCACAUUACCAUAUCUGAAGAGGUGAGACGUCAUGAAUACGGAAGUGCUGGCUUUGAUAUUCCUUCUUCAAAUCUGUGGUCAAAGUUUGUGCCAAAAUGCAACCAGACCCAACAUUGUGAUGGUGAUGAGUGAUGCAUUUGAUGGGCGAUUGACCUUCGACCCUGGCAGCCAAGUUGUGAAGCUGCCAUAUAUAAACUAUCUCAGGGAGCUUGGUGCUACAUUCCUCAAUGCUUACACCAGCUCGCCCAUCUGCUGCCCCUCAAGAGCAGCUAUGUGGAGUGGUCAGUUUGUUCACCUCACGCAGUCAUGGAACAACUAUAAGUGCCUGGAUGCUAAUGCAACAACAUGGAUGGAUUUGCUGGAGGCGAAUGGAUAUGUUACCAAGUCGAUGGGCAAGCUGGACUACACCUCAGGGAGUCACUCUGUCAGUAAUCGAGUCGAGGCCUGGACACGAGAUGUUCAGUUCCUCCUGCGCCAAGAGGGCCGGCCUGUUUCGCAACUUGUUGGGAACAUGUCUACAGUAAGGGUCAUGAGGAAGGACUGGGAAACCACAGACAAGGCUGCACAGUGGAUCCGCCAGAGAGCUGCAUCGUCACAGCAGCCCUUCGCUCUGUAUCUUGGCCUCAAUUUACCUCACCCGUACAGAACUGAAUCCCUGGGGCCCACCGCAGGAGGAUCCACCUUCCUUACCUCACCAUACUGGCUGGAAAAGGUGUCCUCUGAGCUCAUCACUGUUCCUAAAUGGCUGCCUAUGGCUGCCAUGCACCCUGUCGACUACUACUCCACCUUCACCAAAAACUGCAGCGGUGAUUUCACUGAGGACGAAGUCAAAAGCAUAAGGGCCUACUAUUAUGCCAUGUGUGCCGAAGCAGACGCCAUGCUGGGUCAGGUGAUUUCCGCUCUGAGAGAGACUGGCCUGCUUAACAACACCAUUGUGAUCUUCACGGCCGACCACGGAGAGCUAGCUAUGGAGCACCGGCAGUUCUACAAGAUGUCAAUGUAUGAAGGCAGCUCCCAUGUUCCCCUGCUGAUCAUGGGGCCUGGGCUGAUGUCUGGCCUGCAGGUCAAUCAGCUUGUGUCUUUAGUUGAUCUCUAUCCCACUGUGCUAGACAUUGCUGAUAUUUCAGCAGUAGGCAUUCUUAGUGGCCACUCGCUCCUUCCUCUGCUAUCCAAGGCCAGCACUUUCUCCAAGAAGCAACAUCCAGACUGGGUUCUGAGUGAAUAUCAUGGCUGUAAUGUUAAUGCCUCUACUUACAUGCUGAGAAGUGGGCGGUGGAAAUAUAUUGCCUAUGCAGAUGGUGUGAGUGUCCCUCCACAGCUUUUUGAUAUAACACUGGACAAGGAAGAACUUCAUGAUGUAGCUCUAAAAUACCCAAAUGUUCGAGCACAUCUGGACAAGCUGUUGCGUAGUAUUGUAGACUAUCCAAAAGUCUCUACAACUGUCCAUCGUUACAAUAAAGAAGCAUUCAGUGCCUGGCGCCAGAGUUUGGGGGGAAACUACAGUCAGGUCAUUGCUAACCUCAGGUGGUUUGUGGAUUGGCAAAAAGAUCCCUCAGCCAAUGAGAGAGCUGUUGACAAGUGGCUUUAUGGCUCUUUGUGAUAUUUUUUUUAUGGUUAUGAUGAUGGUUAACUUCAGGGUGUCUUUUUUAAUGAGCUGGACUCAGACUUUGCUUAAACAAGGACUUGAUGUUUUAUGUAGAGCACUUUAAAUUGCCUUUUUUGCUGAAAUAUCUAUAGAUUAACUUGCUUUCCCUAACGUGACAGUGUCAUGAAGUGAGGUAUAUUAAAUUCCUUCUAUAAUAAAAUCGUUA